AUGGUUGGCGUCAACGGAACCAAGUUCCCUGCCAUCAGGGAACAUCUCGACAAGAACAUCACCCAGGUCUACAACGGCCUGGACACCUCUUUCGACUCAUACCCCGCCAACGACGUCAAGGACCCCGAAUCUUACAAGACCGCUAUUGACGCCCUGAAGCCCGGUGACGCCAUCACCAUCUUCACCCCCGACACUACCCACUACCCCAUCGCUCUCUACGCCAUUGAGCGCGGCAUCCACGUCCUGUUGACCAAGCCUGCCGUCAAGGAGCUUGACCACCACCAGGAGCUCAUCGAGGCCGCCGAGAAGAAGGGCGUCUACGUCUUCAUCGAGCACCACAAGCGCUUCGACCCCGCCUACUCUGACGCCCGUUUCAAGGCCCAGAAGCUCGGUGACUUCAACUACUUCUACAGCUACAUGUCCCAGCCCAAGUCUCAGCUCGAGACCUUCAAGGCCUGGGCCGGUGUCGACUCCGACAUCUCCUACUACCUUAACAGCCACCACGUCGACAUUUGUGAGUCCAUGGUUUCCCAGCUGGGCUACAUCCCCACCAAGGUCUCUGCCUCCGGUUCCAAGGGCGUCGCCACCAGCCUGGGUUGCGACCCCAUCACCGAGGACACCAUCUCCGUCCUCGUCCACUGGCAGAAGAAGGACGACCCCAGCAAGAAGGCUACGGGUGUCUACACCGCCAGCUGGACCGCACCUCAAAGAGCUGGUGUCCACUCCAACCAGUACUUCCACUACCUGGCCGCCAACGGCGAGAUCCGUGUCGACCAGGCCAAGAGAGGCUACGAUGUCGCGGACGACUCUGUCGGUCAGCUGAUGUGGUACAACCCCUUCUACAUGCGUUACGCCCCCGACGAGGACGGAAACUUCAACGGCCAGACUGGCUACGGCUACAUCUCCCUUGAGAAGUUUGUCGACGGCUGCAGGCAAGUUAACUCCGGCCAGCUCAAGCCCAAGGACCUCGACGCCAAGGGCCUGCCCACUCUGAGAAACACGAUUGCCACUACUGCUAUCCUGCACGCCGGCAGGAAGAGCAUUGACGAGGACCGUGAGGUCAGAAUUGAGAUUAACGACGGUGUUUGGAAGUUGGUUUAA